GUUUUUCAACUACGGAGGGCGCUAUGUAAGAUUAAUGGUUCAGCUACCUGUCGCAUCUCUGUGCAUCAUCACAUCAUCCAAAAUAUCUUGCCAAACUCAUUUAUAGUAACCAUGACUAUAUGAGGAAGACAGAAUGAAGACGACAAUGGGCAAUUGUCACAGCAGUGUGAGAAAUACGGACGGGGUAGACACGGGUGUACAAGGACGUCCAGUCGCGUCCGAUACAGGGAAGCAACUCGUACAGUAUAGCAUUAAUAACUUGGUUGAUCAGGUGCACAGACUACAGAGACUAUGUUGGCACAUGGUGCUACUGUGGAAAGUCAUUGUUGUUCUCAUCAGGUGGGAGGUACCAUUUGUCACUCUUUCAUUCUGGAUUGUUUCACUUCUCAUCUGCUACUUCAUGGAGUCUGGUCAGUUGCUGGUAAGCUGCCUCUCCUUCCUCUUUCUCCUGGGCGGGGUCGGGGGCGUGGCCAAAUUAAAUUCUCAAAAACCCAAAACAGCCAAAGAGCCAAGCUCAACAGCAACCUCGCCAGGGACCGCUGCCAGCUCAGUGACUACCCCUCAGGAGAAGGAACAGAGCAGUACACAAGAUGCUGAGCAUCACCAGAGGAAAGGGCGGGAAGUCCUGGUCGAGUAUCGACAGUUGAUGUUGACGGCUCAAGAUUAUUUGAAGGCAUGCUGUGAAGCAGUGCAGAGAGUAAAUGAAGUGCUGGGGUGGCAGAAUACAAAAUUGUCUUCAGUAUGCUAUGGCGGGGCUUCUUUGACCCUCCUACUCUUGUACCUUCUCCCGUUGAGAUGGUGUGUCAUGGCGGCCAUCAGCAGUGUCCUCUGUAUCAAUCAACACUUUAUAAAGGUCAUCAAAGAACUUGGGGACUCAUCUCAUCGUGAUCCUCCGUUGGUCACAAACAACAACAAACCUAGCAAGAAGAAACUGAAGGAAUUCAAGGAUAUGGUGCCUGAGGAGGAAUCCAAGGACCAGGUUCCCACUGACGUCAAAUCAUCCAUCCAUCCACUCAUUGAACACCGCCCUCUACAUCUCUGCCAAAAGAGCAAAUCCCUGGACGAGGCGGGCCCCAAUUACGCCAAGCUAGCUUUAGCUGCUGCCACCAGAAACCGUUCUUCUACUGCCCCAGAACUACCCACGCUGAGGCUCAACUCAGCUGGUACACCGGUGGAGGUGUGUUAUCUAUGUGGGACUAUGUUUUCAGCUGUGUUAAAGCGCAGGCGUUACUGCCGGUCAUGUGGAAACCAGUUCUGCCAACGUUGCUGCUCAAGGAAGCUGCCUCGGUCUACAUUUGGGGCGACAUCUCCAGCAGCCCAGACGGAGAAGGAACUUGUGUGUAAUGCGUGCUUCUGUAAUAUGACAUCAGAUGAGGUCACAUCGUUAAGUAGCGGUCCUACUAUUGAAGAAUGCUGAUGAGAAGGCUGAGUAAUGUACACUAAAUCAAGAUCUUUUAUCCCGUAUUCAAACAUUUUAUGGAUUCUUAGGUACCGCAUACACGCAGGCCACUGAGGUAAUGGCCUCCGUUGCCCCUGGUCUUAGCCUUGGUGCCCUUCACAACCGAUGCCUUUCUUGUGGAGAAAAUGCUGUCGUUGUUUUAUACAAUUUUGUCAAUUAAAAUAAAACGCUAAUUUUUCUAGUAAUAUAUAUAAUGAUGUAAACUUUACUGUUUUGAAUUCCUGUAAUUAAAAUGUUCCAACAUAUUGUUAAACCCUAACUCCCCAAAUUCAACAAAAUCCACAGCCAGGUUCUGCAUAGUUUGAUUGACACAAGCAAUACCUUGCCAUUGUGUUUUUGUCAUGCUAGGCAGGCUUGAAAUGAAAAUAGUCAGGUACUUCUUUGGUGUGAUGAGAAUCUGUAUCUAAGUUGGGAACUUAUCUACCCAUAGACCGGUGCGUGUUAGGUGCUGUGUACUAAGUUGCUACAUCCUUUAGUCUUGUGAACAAAUAAUCCACAUGCAUAAACAUUGUAACUUGGGUAGGAUUUUAACCCACAACCUUUGCCUUUCUAGAGCAGAUCGUCCACAGGCAAUUAACUUGGGUUGGAUUCGAACCCACCUUCGCAAUUCUAAAUCAGACGUCACCAUUAGGCCACCGAGCUUCCCAGGUCAAAAUUCCAGUUGAACCUAGUUAAACUUUGUUUAACUGGAACUAGUUGAAAACCAG